AUGCCUUUAACAAAAUUCGCCGCUUCCGUAGCCGGCACGCUGGCCGCAGCCGCUUACCUCGAUGCCAAAUACCUACUCCGACAUGACCUCUCUGGAGGGUCAAUUGCCGCCCAAGCAAAAGAUGCUGUGCAAUUUCUCACAGAGUGCUGGAAACAGGACAAAACUCUCAUGUACCAUGUCCUCGAGGCUCAUGCGCGAGGGAAGAAUCAGGACAACAUAUUCUUGAUCUUCGAAGGCCGCUCCUGGAGCUACAAGCAGUUUUUCGAGGACGUACACGGGGUGGGAAACUGGUUAGUGAAGGAUUUAGGAGUUGAGAGGGGCGAGCUUGUUGCUCUGGACGGUGGGAAUUCGCCUGAAUAUCUCCUUCUGUGGUUCGGGCUGGAGUCCAUAGCUGCCUGUCCGUCAUUUAUCAAUUGUAACCUUACAGCCGCACCGCUGGUGCACUGUGUGAAGUUGUGCGGUGCAAGGUAUUUGCUGGCUGAUCGAGGAACGGAACAUUUGGUCCAGGUUUGCGAGGAAGAGUUGAAAGAGGCGAAUAUCCAGACGAUAUAUUAUGAUUCGGAAUUGAUGAGUUCGUUCAAAGAUAAAACACCCACCCCAGAUUCAAGACGCACGGGAAUUGGAACAGAGGAUCUGGCGUCAUUGAUAUACACCUCGGGUACGGCCGGUUUACCCAAGGCCACUAAUUUGAUUCGACGGAAAGAACUCACCACGGCUAGGGCAGUGUGUAAACACCUUGACCUUAAGCCUGGCAAGAAGAUGUAUACGUGUUUACCACUGUACCACGGCGCAGCUCACGGACUUUGCAUCAACCCAUCAAUAUUCGCCGGUUCAACUGUGGUUCUCAGCCGGAAGUUUAGCCACAAGACCUUCUGGCCAGAGGUUUGUGAAUCGCAGGCGGAGAUUAUUCAGUACGUUGGUGAACUGUGCCGGUAUCUCGUUAAUGCACCGCAUUCGCCCCUGGAUAAAAAACACAACGUGAAAAUUGCAUGGGGAAAUGGCAUGCGGCCAGAUGUUUGGAGUGUUUUUCGUGAGCGAUUUGGUAUUGAAACCAUAAACGAACUAUACGCAGCCACUGAUGGGGUAUCAUCAAGCUUCAACGCCAACAAAGGAGACUUUGGACUUGGGGCAAUCGGCGUACGUGGCCUUUAUUGGAAAUGGGUAAAUGGCAGCAACGAAAAGCGGGUGAAAAUCGAUGUCGUAACUGAGGAAAUCCAAAGGGACCAGGAUGGUUUCGCCAUUGCAUGCGAAGAUGGCGAGCCGGGGAAAACACUUUACAAAAUAGAUCCCGCAGCACCCGAUGCCGCGUUCGUUGGAUACUUCAAAAACAAGGGGGCGGGCGAGAAACGGAAGAUUCGCGACGUGUUUCAAAAGGGAGAUAUGUGGUUUCGGUCUGGGGAUAUGAUGCGCCAAGACCCGGAUGGUUGCCUAUACUUCGUGGACCGUCUGGGAGAUACAUUCCGAUGGAAGAGCGAAAAUGUGAGCACGAACGAAGUCAGCGAUGUGCUUGGGAAAUUUGACAACAUCGACGAAACAAACAUAUAUGGUGUGCAGGUUCCUCAUACAGACGGUCGGGCUGGCUGUGCAGCCAUUGUGCUGGCGGAAAGCGUGACGGCUGACUCGUUCGACUUUGGCGCACUGGUUAAGUAUGUGAUAGGCGUGUUGCCUCGAUAUGCAGUCCCCAUUUUCGUGCGUGUUGUACCGGGUUUUGAGACAACUGGGACGAUGAAGUUGCAAAAGGGAAAGCUGAGGGCUCAGGGAAUUGACCUGGAUAAGAUCAAGGAAAACGGCACGAGUGACCGUUUGUUCUGGCUUCCGCCUGAUGGGAGCAGGUAUACUCCUUUCGAGGCAGAUCAGUGGGAGGCGCUAAAGGCUGGGAAGAUCAAGUUGUAA